AUGUUUGCGCUCUGCUGCAGGACAUGUCCAAAGUUGCGAAAUGCGAAAGCGUUGCAAAUUUUGCUAAAAUCGGAAUAUCUUGUUAGACGCUAUGCGAUUAUGAGCUCCUAUCCGUUAGAUCAAAAAGGAAUAACUGUUGACGAUGAAAUCUAUUUUGAAACAUAUCGAAGAAGUUCCAAUCAGCUGGAAACUUGUUACGACAACAAAUAUCGAAAGGUGAUAGUGUUUAUUUAUAAAUUUAUUUGGAUAAUCAACUGA